AUGGUGUCGGCUCGUCGGGCAGAGACGCGGUGGGUAACGCGGAUCAUUCCAUUCGUUCUCGGUGGUUGUGCUGGAUUCGCCACGUAUGCUGUGGUCAAACACAUUUGUCUGGACUACUUCAUCUCCGACCAACGGCAAGAUGGCACCGCGAUCGCAUUCCUUAUUCUGUACUUCAUAUUUCUUCUCUUGAUGCUCAUGACUUACUUCCGAGUUUUCCUCGUCAUUCAAUACAACCCCGGCGUGACCCCGUUGGGCCCGAAAGCGACCGAAUGGCAUGCAAAGGCAAAGGGACGCGGCCGGCGAGAACGGGAUCUCGAGGCUGCUACCAGAUAUGAGGCACGGCCAGACGACAAUCCUGACAGCCCCGGCCUCGAGGCAUUUUACAGCAAGGAUGUGUUUGUUUGCGAGACGGAUGGGCGACCGAGGUGGUGCAGCACAUGCUGCAACUGGAAAUUGGACAGGGCGCACCACUGCAGCGAGCUCGAACGAUGCGUGAAGAAGAUGGAUCACUACUGUCCGUGGGUGGGCGGCAUAGUGGCCGAAACUUCUUUCAAGUUCUUCGUUCAGUUCACAUUUUACACGGCCAUCCUCUGCAUCAUCGUGGUAGUUGCGUCGAUUCUGUGUCUGCAGUCCAAGGCUCGCAAAGGCGAUGGCGUCGAUGGGGUUGCCGUCGGUGCGUUGGCGGUCGCAGCUCUCUUUGGCCUUUUCACCCUAACUAUGACACUCACCUCGAUACGCUACAUUCUGAUCAACCUCACAACAGUUGACUAUGUCAAGUCAAAGAACAUUGUGCACCAACUGGCAAUCCGGGUGCCCCGAGGCACGCCACCGGGCCAGAACUACAACGUUAUCACCUAUCCCCUGCCCGAACAUACCAACGGGUCAGGCCAACCGGGGCAGCUAACAAGGAACGAGUCCUCUUCGGCCCGGGACCAGCUCGCAAGACGGACGUUUGCCAUUGUCCGAACGGAAAUGGGCGAGAACCCAUGGGAUUUGGGCUAUUACCGGAACUGGAAGUCGGUCAUGGGAGACAACCUCAUCGACUGGCUGCUUCCUAUCAACGAAUCUCCUUGCGCAAAAUACGAAAGUAACGAGUCCUUUUACGAGAUGGGGCCCCUGUAUCACCAAUUACGGGUCAGGUUCGGGCUUCCGGAGCUGUCGUCUGAGAACGAGAGUGGUGAGAUGUGCGAGCAAAAGAGACGGGACAAGCUCGGGAUGAACGGGACGCGGGAUUAA